UGCCAAGGACAUCGCAUCUCUUCAAAGCUUCAUGCCUUACAGCCAUCACUCUCACUCUGGCCAAUUCUGCAAACAUGCCUCGGGCACUCUUGAGGAGGUAGUGCUCGAAGCUAUUAGACAAGGCUUUGAAUUAUUUGGCCUAACGGAACAUGCUCCUCGUUAUCGCACUGUUGACCUCUAUCCUGAAGAGGAAGGCCUUUCUCCAGAAGAUCUCCAUGGGCAGUUCAGCGACUUUGUGUUGGAGGCGCACCGACUCAAGGAAAUAUACUCUAGCAAGAUCAAGUUACUCGUCGGUCUCGAGACAGAGUACAUCCAGCCUGCUGACAUUGACCCUCUGGAGGCUUUACUCAAGUCUUAUGGCAGUCAUAUCGAAUACAUCGUUGGCUCAGUUCAUCAUGUGAACAGUAUACCCAUUGACUUCGAUUUGGAGACCUACAAGAAAGCGGUGGCUAGUUUCCCGACGGAAAAUGACCAGCAAUUGGAGACGUAUCUUUGCACAUAUUUUGAUGCUCAAUACGGGCUUAUGCAACGGCUCCAUCCCGAAGUCAUCGGACACAUCGACCUGUGCCGUCUUUAUACUCCCGAUCUCUCUUUGAAGGACUAUCCAGCUGUGUGGGGAAAACUGAAGAGGAACGUCCGCUUUGCAACAGAGUAUGGCGCUCUGUUUGAACUGAAUGCAGCGGCGUUCAGAAAGGGAUGGUCUUCUGCAUACCCUGCGAAGGAUAUAGUCACAGUAAUUCAGGAGCAUGGUGGUCGCUUCGCUUUAUCGGAUGACAGCCAUGGCCCUCAUGCUGUCGGACUGAAUUACCCCCGCCUAUUGGAAUAUGCCCGUCGUGUUAUUAUUAAGGAGUUGUGGACACUUGAGAAAUCCGACGAAGCUAACGUUGGAGGACGUUUUGUUCGUGCUCGAAAGGUUGAAGGGGAUUGGUGGGAGCAUCCGUUCUGGAGUAAAGCUAGUAAUCUCAGCUAAAAUGUAGUAAAGUGUACUGCCAUAGCAAGCAAGCUAUACUCAUGUCUUUGGAUUCUGUAUAUUGCAUUUCUAUGAAACACACGAUAAGUGAACUCG